UGACCACUGACCACAAAAUACUCAUAUUUUAUAGAUGGAAAACUGAAAAUGGCGGCUGUGUCUGAAACAAAUAAGAAUUGCAUGUCUUGAGUUGUUCGCCAACAACACAGCCUGAGCUCUUUUAUUCGCAGCCUCAAGAGUCCCUUUCACUAAGGUUGGCUUAAUGCAUCAACCAUUGAUAGAACCAGUGUGCACCCUUCUUUGAAGAUAUAUCUGCUUGUGCAUAUUUUUCGAUUGGUUUUGCUUUUAUUAUUGGUCUGUGCCAGAAGGAAGAAUGGAUGUGGCGUCAUCAAAAUCUUGGUGGGACAAGUUUUAAGCCUGCAGGACUAUGGCCUGGGAAGCAUACAAAAGCAAACCAAUCUCUCAUUGGAUUCUUCUACUUCUAAGCAGUGGAGCAAUUCUUGUGGGAUUCCCCGCUUAUAACCUUCUGCCUCGUAUGAUGGCCUCUGACUGCGUUGAUGUUAAUUCCUAUGUACUUCUUUUGUGGAAUCUUUCCCACUCCUCUGAACUUAAAAAUCACUCUUAUCUUAUAUCGUGUUGGGUUUCUUAAGUGCUGCUGACAAUCUCAUGUAUUCAUAUGCUUAUGCCUACCUGCCGGCGUCAACUGCUUCUCUUUUGGCAUCGUCGGUUUUGGUGUUUUCUACUCUCUUUGGAUAUUUUAUUGUCAAAAAAAAAAUAAAUGAUUCGGUAGUAAAUUCUAUUGCUAUCAUCACUGCUGCCAUGACCAUCAUUGCUUUGGAUUCAGAUUCAGAUAGGUAUGCAUAUAUUACUGAAAGCCAAUACAUUAUGGGAUUUGUGUGGAUAAUCAUGGGAUCUGCACUCCAUUGGCUCAUAUUUGCUCUUGUAGUUAGUUUUUGUCGAAUUACUAGGGAGAAGAUCUUUUCAUGUUGUCUUGGAGCAACAGGUCAUGGUUUCCCUAUUUGCCUAUGUUCACCACGGUUGGGCUCAUUGUCAGUAGGGAUAUUGAAGCGAUGAGAGGCAAAAACUUUCAAGGGUGGUAGAUCUUCAUAUUACUUGGUUCGCAUCUGGAGUGUCAUUACUUUCCAGUUGGGAGUUUUGGGAGGCACUGCUGUGGUUUUCUUAUCGUCCACUGUGCUAGCCGGCGUCCUUAAUGCUAUAAGGGUACCUCUCACAACCAUUGCUGCCGUUAUUUUAUUAAGUGACCCCAUGAGCAGUUCAAGAUCCUUUCCCUGAUCCUUUCCUUCUGGGGAUUCGGCUCCUAUUUCUAUGGAAGUUACCUGUGAGUAAAGAUUUCUCGUGAUCUGUUGUUGAGCCUGUCAUCCUGACGUUUUCUGCGUCCACUACACCUAAAAUAGAAUGUAUGAGGUAUCUCCGCUAUCGAUGAAUAUUUGUUCAUUAAAGUUGUCAUGUGUUGUCCCCUGUUCACAUGGCAUGACAGUGGUUUCCCUAGAUUCUAUUGUUGCCGAGCUCCACGUUCCCGAAUAGAUCCUCUCUAUCGAGCUUGUACAUGUUGAGCUGAGGUCUAUUCUGGACUGAAUGAUUCUGGGCUUUCAAGGAGUUGGGUUGUAGCCCAAGUUGACAUGGAGAACACUAUCUCCUAGAGGGCUUGGUUGUCUUAGUUGAGCAUUCAGGGGAUUUUGGGCUUGAAAGAGGCUGAGACUUAAAUCCAUCAUCAUCAAUAUCUAUACAUUUUUAUUUUAUUAGU